AUGAAACGCUCCGUUCCAAAGGCGUUUAGGGGCUCGAUAGUUGAGACUAUUGAUACCAAGAAGUUUCUGAAGGAACUCGAGAAAUACUUUACUCGAAAUGAAAAGGCCAAAAUUGGUCACACCUUGUCCAAACUCAUUAAUAUGAGGUCUGGAGGAAAAAGGAACAUAAGGGAAUAUAUUAUAGAGAUGUCUAAUCUCGCUAGAAAACUCAAGGGACUAAUGUUAGAGUUAUUUGAUGAUUUGCUCGUGCACUUGGUUUUUAUUUCUCUUUUUGCACAAUAUGGUCAGUUUGUAGUGAGUUACAAUACCCAAAAGGAUAAAUGGACUCUUAAUGAGCUCGUUGCUCGUUGUGUGCAAGAGGAAGAAAGGCUUCAAUGA